GCCGUUGGUCACACUGCAGUGGUGUUUGCGGUGUGGUUCGCCUAAGUCCACGAUUGUUGUUUUGCGCAAUGCAAAUGAUAACAAUAAUUACACUAAGCAAUAAUUAAAUUUUCAGAAAUAAGUGAUAAUAAUAUUAGUUGGGAACGAUGUCAGUGCGGUAGUUACUGGCCUUAUAGUGGACGGUUUUUAUUAAAAAAAAAUUAAAAAUCGGAAACAUGAAACUUCUUCUUCUGCUGUGUUUCGUGGUUUUGUCCCAGAACAAAGAGACGCCCGACUGCGACAAGAACAUGGAUUUUCACGAGGAAACCGGAUACGGAUACGACACCAUCUGCAAGUCACUCUCGAACGCCAACAUAAACUUGCUGGAGGACAUAGUCAUAUCGAACGAGUACUCUUUGGUCAUACAGGACAGCGUUUUGGAGGGAUUCAACUCGAGUCUGUUCGGGAACAUCGCGAACAUCAAAAAGUUGGAAAUCGUGAACUCGAAGUUUACCAUGGAGGGUAAAGACAUGGUUUUCGAGAAGUUGAAGCUGCUUAAACAGCUGAGUGUGCGGCAGACUAAGUUUCAAGCGUCUGCGAAGACGUUUUUUGGGCUGGCGAGCUUACGAGAACUGGAGUUGGACGGUAACGACUUGGAUUAUGUGGAGGUUGGGGCGUUUGGGAGUAUAGAGGAUUUGAGGGUGCUCAAAAUCACCAACAACCAUCUGAAACAUAUCAGAGAUUUGCCUCUAUGCGAGAUCAAGAACUUAAACAUACUGAACUUGAAGAAAAAUCUGAUACCGACGUUGAAGUAUUACUCUUUUAGUUGCAACAAACACCGGGAAACCAUAGGGUUGAGUUUGAAUGAUGAUAAGCUUGAUGUAGGAAUCAGAGGUGAAACUUACAUGAACACAUCCGAAACGUUCACUAAUAUAGUAAGUGUCAACUUUAAUUACAACAAAAUAACAGAAAUAGGUUUCGCUUUGGCGGACCUCAAAGGUUUAAGGGAUUUAGAGUUUGAGGGGAACCUUCUGGAGAUAAUCAGGGCUGAUUCGUUUGAACCGCUUAACAAAAUAGAAAAGCUUAACUUCAAGAAUAACAGGAUUCGUAUUAUAGAAGACCAGGUUUUAUUCAAUAAGCCCUACUUGACCAAAUUAAACCUCGCCGGCAACCAGAUCAGCCGAAUCAACCUGAACAGCACCACAUCGUUGGAGUACCUCAAUUUAGCCAACAACAAACUAGUUCUGGCCAGUUUAAGCAUCCUGAGUAACUUAAAAUCGCUAAAGGAGCUAAUCAUAAGUGACAAUCAUAUAAGUGAAGUUCUUCCGAACGAAUUCAGGAACUUCACCUCGUUGGUGAAGUUGGACGUGUCGGGGAACAAGUUGGUGCUUCGCGAUGAGUCUUUCAGCGACUUGUACAGCUUGCUGGACUUGAACUUGAGUCGGAACAGCAUCAAGACUUUGCCCUCGCACGUUUUUCAGCAGAGCCUUCAGCUGAAGUCGAUCGAUUUAUCGCACAACGUUAUUUAUAAAUUCCCGGAGUUGGUGUUUUCGAACCUCACCGAUUUGGAGACGCUCAAUUUGUCCUACAAUAAGAUAGUGAGUUUGCCGUAUGUUUUGUUUAAAAACCUGGUGAACUUGAAUGUGCUGGACGUGGCCGGUAACCGCCUGAAAAGUUUGCAGUACGACUUGAUGAUAGAUAAUUUGCCUUCGUUGUCCUUGAUCAAUUUCAAGCAUAACUCGUUGUCGUGCCAGUUUCUGUCGAAGAUUAUAUCUUUCAUAAAGAAGAAAAAUAUAAGUUACACGAUAACGGAGAAGUUUCAGUACGAUAAGGAGAAUGUGGAGGGGAUAUCAUGCGAGGAGGAGGACGAUGAUCCUCCCAAAGGGGACAUCAAACCUCAUCCGCUGAAAAGUGAGAGUUCAGGUACCUCAACAUGGGCGGUACUGCUGAUAGUUGGAGCCGUAAUGGGUGUGCUUGGUUUUGGAACCUUCAAGUUAGCUAUGUUUGUUAGAAGAAGGCGGUAUACAAACGACCAGUUUGAGCUAAUUCACAGUUGAGGUUUGUGAAAUGAUAAACAAUCAGGACUUUUGUAUAGUGACACGAUGCCUAUAAAUAUUAUUAUGUUGAUAAUAUAAUUUUAAUGAUACAUUUGCUACAUCAUAGUAUUAACUUGGAACAGAAUUUUUUGGAAAUAGUACUUUGUCCUGUGAUAUUAAUAUAAAAAAAUUAAAAGUUAUAAUAAUAAAAGCUGAACAUGU